UUGAAAAAAAAAGAAAACUUGAUAUAUUGUAUGCUGAAGGGAAUAAUUUGGUAGCAUUUAACCGACGUGAAUUUUUUUAUGGUAUCCCUUGAGGUAUUUAUAAAGACAUCGUCAUAUUUAGGAAUGUAGACUUAAAAAUGUACGUGUUUUAAUUUGACAGGAAAAAAAACUGGAUUAUUACAUAAAAUCACUUUUAAUGAAAUCUAUUCAAAGAUCUACAGAAAUAUGGAAGUAAUAAACACGCACACAUUUGGCCUCGCUAUUGCCUUUCUCGUCGCUAUUGCCGCAUUGGUCAUGGCAUGGUCGAAACAAUUCAUAAUUGGAAAACCAAACAUUGAACGUUUACGGUCAUAUGCACAUGGGCUAAAGCUGCAAAUCCAUAACAUAGAGGGGAGCUCUCUUUUCGAAGCGAUAGCAGAUCAGCUAAGCCAUCUGAACUGUCAUGGGUCUUACACACCAGAUAUCAUCAGGAACAAGACCAAAGGAAAUAUAUCGUUAUCAUUUUGGCAAAAUGUUAAAGGACACCUUACUUUUCGGAAAGAGCAAGAAGUUUGGAAAAGUCAUGCAAUAAUGCUACACGAAAUAGCUGAUGCUUAUAACAGAACUAUCGAGGUUGUUCAUUACGACAGAAAAGAGACAACAGUGAUAAGGCCAGCCGGUACUGAGGUAACUCGUCAUUUGCAGACUGUUUACAUUGGCUAUGGUGGACAGGGGCAUUUUUUCUCAUUGCGGCCACUUGACGCAAAUCGAACAGCGGGAAUUAGGCCAGAAGCUAACCAUCCGGACACUUCAAAGUCAAAAGCGACAAACAAUGUUUUGAUUGGUGACAACACUAAACAAUACGUCAUUCAUUUACCAACGGGAGAUAAUGACGAUGACUAUUCAAUAACAAAAAAUAUUGUUGUUGGCGAUAAUACGUCUCAAUAUAUCAUUGCAACCUUUAGGACAUCAAAGGAGUUGAUAGCCGUCCUACGUGAAAUGGAAUCAACGGGCACUGAGGGUUCUGAACAUAGAUUAAAACUGAAAAUUAGAGAAAGAUCAGAAACACUGUCUGACGAACAGCUAAUAGAAAAACAUAAACGUACUAUAGCCUUGCUUGAGGACAAAGACAGUGAACCAAGAAGAAAACUUGAAGAAGCACUAGAACCGUUAGGUGUGAUAUAUGAAAAGUCGUCAUUAGAAUGCAUCUUGCUACAUUUGAAGCUAGAUUCUGUUGCAAAAGGUUGUGAAUUCGUCACAAAAUUCCAGGCAGGUGAUUUGGAUAACAUAAUGAAGGUCAUUGCAUGCCCACUCUACCAUAAUAACACGUCUACAUACGAUAUCCAGUUGCAAUUCAGUUUGACGCUAAGCGUAACAGAGAGUGAAAAAUUAAGGCCUUAUCUUCACUGUCAGGUUGUCAGAAAUUCGAGUGAGAAGAAAACUGAAUCUGUAGAAAAUCCAGUAGAGAAGGAAACGACUAAUCUGAAAGCAGAUAGUACGAACCAAGGCAUUUCUAUAGUUUUACGCCAAAAACCUGACCACAAGAUAAGUGAAACGGUUUCUGCUGGAGAUUUGGCUACAAAAAUACCAGAGGUUACUUUUAGAAGUUUAACAAAGUCACACCUACUUGAAUAUAGUUCUGAUAUAGACAUUCAUUUUGAAAAGUAUGGCUCUCUUAACACAACAUAUUUUUCAAAGAGAUCAUCAAGGGAGAUUGCUCUUCAAAAUGCAUCUAACAUGAUAUCAGAAAGUACGAGGGGCUAUGUUGGUUCUAUACUGAUUGGUAGAAAUCGAGCUGGUACUUGUUUUCGUGUUGGGAAAAGAUAUGUCAUGACUGCAUAUCAUGUCAUUGCCAAAGUAAUAGAAAACCGGCCUGUUGAAGAUCACUUAGAAAACAUCUAUGUUGAGUUUCCUGAUGUAGAAGAGAAACAUCUUGCAAAACCUUGUUUUCAUGAUAAAUGCAUUGAUUUCUCAGUGCUCGAACUUGCUAGUGAAAAUACCGAAAUGAAGCCAUUAAAACUGGUCGUAGACUGUUAUCCAGGAUUUCCUUUUUACACAAUUUGCAAUAUCAAAUCAUCGAGAAAAAUACGAAGAUCAGUCAUUGCAAGUACAGACUAUACAACAAAAUCCACUCCAUCAGAGUGGAUACUAUUUGAGUCGGACAAUUUCAAAUAUGGAUGUUCUGGUGCGCCAGGGAUCGCCAUAAUUGAUGGCAAGGUAUGUAUGGUAACAAUGCUUCUUGGAACUAUUGUAACAGACGCUAACGCUUGGUACUAUGGAGUGAAAAUGACAGAAGUCUACAAAAGAAUGUCUGAGAAACAUCCUGACAUAGCGGAUGAAAUAUUUGCUUCCUUCAAAGACCAUUCCUUCCAAAACGAAUCGACGGAUGUCAUGAAAAAUACACCAACCAGGAAUAAUUCACAAAACUCUGUACCCAUGUUAGGACGACGUAAAAAACUAACAUAUAAACAUAAGAUAAUAGCAAUAGCAAACAAACUAAAAUGUUUGUUUCUAUAAAUAUGAUACAUCAAUACAAAAAAUAUUGACAUCAUGAAGUGUAUCCUCGUGCUUUCAACUUUAUUUCAUAAAAAAAACAUUUUGUAUCUAAGACUGUCUCUUGAUUAUGUCAAUGGAAAAAGAAGUUCCAAGAUGUG